GUGUGUGUGUCAGGUGUGCCGUGAUGUGCGUUGGCGUCUUCAGGGCCUCCCAGGGGUGCCACAGGGGUCACUCUCACGGUACAGGCCUGUCUGCCCUGCAGCACCCACAUCGGCCUGCCACAGCCUGCACGCCGCGGCCAGGAGGGCGAGGCAGGCGGCGCUACACACGCAGCACUGGAGCACAGCAGCAAGUAAACCAGGAGAGAUGCAGCCAGCGAAUCGUGUCUGUGUGGGGUGUGUACCUGCCGGAGCUCUACCGCUGCCUACACCUACACCUGAGUGCCUGCAUGACCUUCUCACCCGUCUCGCCAGCAGGGCAUGCCGGUACAGGGCAUGACGGUGUCGUGCGAAAUCAUUGAACAUUGGAAUAUCUUGCAAGUUGUUCCUGUGCACACGCCCUUCACCACCACACCACCACACACGCCCUGUGCAGUCUUUGAGCUCCCAAGAGACGUGUAGUGGGUGUGAACAACGUGGCUCCUCUCGGGAAUUUGAGCCACAGUAACACAUCCACUCACCUGAACACUGACCUGGUGUGUGUCUCUGUGGAGGGUGCCAAGGUGGUGUCUCUGGGGAGGGUGCCACUGCAGCUGUGCCAUCACCCUCGUCAACAUGUACCUGUAACAUAAUUUGAUAAACAUUCCACUGUA